AUGCUGGCGUUGAAGACUGCUCUGGGUGUGACCCUCACCACGUGGGCCUCCACCAACCCCUGCCGCCUCACCGGGAAAUCAACGCCCCUCCAGAACGAGUGGACUGGCGUCUUCUGCAAUCUCGCCAGCUCCGUGGAGUCCAUCUACAACUGGUUUGAUGGAACUAUUCCCUCCACCAUUGCUUCUCUGCCUCAGCUCACCACACUAGGCAUCUUCUCCAACUACCUCACGGGCACCAUGCCCAUCCCCUCCACCUCCCUGGUCGCUCUGGACGUGGGCUUCAACUACCUCUCGGGCUCCUUCCCCAAGCUCUCUCUCGCGGUCUGUGCGGCUGACCAGAACUGCUUCCUCAACUCCUCCUUUUGCCGCACCUACGGCUCGCUGCAGCGCCCCGCCACUGCCUGCGCCAUCUGCGGCACGACCGACGGGCAGGGCACGCUGUGCUCUGGUGGACUUUGCUCCGCCAACAGCUCUCUGCCAGUCAGCCAGGGCAUUGUCAAUACCCCCUCGGUGCCGCCGGUGUCCUUGACUUGUGGCAAUGUGUCCGCGAUGCUAUCCGUCAAGUCAUCCCUGGGUUUGACGUUCACGAAUUGGGUCUCCUCCUCUCUUUGCCCUGCGGGCGGUGGAUUUCUCCCCGGGGGAGCCACCACCUGGAAUAAUGUUCAAUGCCUCAUGGAUGGGGCACCCAAGCAAUUGUAA